AGUCAAUCAAGCUAAGGCCCUGAGGGUCUAAUUGUUUCUCCGGCGAAGAUGCCCGGAAUGACAUCAGAUUCCGGAGACCACUCCAAUUCCGUCGUCCCGAUAUCCCCAAACCCCCAGCCUACAACCUAUCCUCUCCACCACGGCCUUAAACCCCCAAUCGCUCGACUCUCAAUUUCAUGGGCGCGUGGAAACACGCUUCGCGUCACUGUUCUCCGUCAACCUCAGCCGUCUGCUGCCAACGGCGAGGAAGAAGCCGGCGGUAGAGUUUUGGAAGUGAAGCUCAGCGACAACGGGGACGGCGAAAUUGACGAUGCUCAGUGGCGGAGGAUCGCCUACGGCUCGGUAACUCCAUUUGCGCUGCUUCAGAGCCGGAAGAAUUCGACUUCGACUUUGUCGAAAAUCUCAGCUUUGGACAGUACAGAAUGGUGGCAAUACAUUAUGGAAUAUAGUAGGGAGAUAAAUUCUCUCCUUGGUAACCCAAAGCCGUCUCCUAGUUUAGCCAUUGAAGAUCAAAAGACAGUGCUAAAGGAUGUCCAAAAGCCAACAUGUUUCAAAGCUGCCUGGGAGCUGAUGGAAAUAUUUUAUGCAGACCAGCACUCUCAAGCUUGGAUCCCUGAAAGGCUUCUUGAUUGGUUGGCUGAUUACGAUUGUCUAUUCUCUGGUACUCAGCCAACUGUCCAUUCAGAACUUGUAAACUUUCAAAAGGAACUGGUCACUCGGCAGGCAGUUGAAGAUCACCCCAAGUAUUGGGAAGCAAUAUCAUCAACAUUGGCAAUUGGCUGGCUGGAAAUUGGGGUGAAAUUGCUGCGGUUGCAUGGAUCAUAUGACUUUGAUCAGCUCGGGAGUCGUGAAACUGAAAAUGGAUUAGUGGAAGCAGUCGCUGUGCUUAUAUCAAAGAUGCCACGUUUGCGCGCUGAUCUGGGAGCAGACAAAUUAGGCGAAUGUUAUAAGAACAAGCCUGAUUUUGUGAAGGCUUGGGAGAAAUGGCGAGCACAAAUAACUAAGCUGGACUGCAGUGCAUUUUGGCUUCAAUGUGAGCACCACCAGACAAGGGACGGGCUGAAAAAUAUACUUCAAACCAUGCUUGGAAACUCCACUAGUUUGUCCAAUGCAACAUUUCAUUGGAUGGAGUUGUACAUUGCUCAUUUUUUGUACAUCAGACCCUUCACUGCUGGUUUAGAAAGCAUGUACAACUUAGCUCAAAAGUGCAUGCAGAUAAAACCAGUUUCUGGUCACCAUAAAUUGAUUGGACUUCUAAUUGGAAUUCUUGGCGAAAAUCCAGAGGUUGUCUUAGCAGAGUGCUCAAAAUCAUUUGGCUCCUGGAUGAUGGCACAUGCUGCAGAAUUGUUGACAGCUGGGAACAUUCAAGCUGAAAUGCUUUUGCAGAAGGAACAAUUUCAAUUGGGGGGAAUCUGCAUUGAGGAGCUGAAUCGACUUGUAUAUGCCCAAGUUCUAUCUUCUCAUGCCUUGACUUGGCAGAUCGCUCCAAUAUAUUUGUCUUCCUGUAUGAAACAAGGAAUGGGUUUGUUGGAGACAGUAUUGAGCAAGCAAGCCCUACAACAUGAUCAAGUACUUCUAAAGAGCAUAGAGAUUUGCCGCCUUUACGAACUUGGAACUGUUAGUUCUAACCUGAUGAAGAUAACUGCAGUGCAUGAUUGGAAACAUGGAAAGAAAGGUUCAGGAGUCUUCUGGCUUCAGCAAGCUCGAGAUGAAGUCCGUUUAAAUAGAAUUGCAAAGCAUUUGUUUGAUUUUGUCGGAAAGUCAUUAUCUGAUGAAAGUUUCAAGCAAUGGGAAAGACUUAUUGAAUUGCUAGGACCUGAGUCAGGGAUUGCUGGGGGACUCGAGUUUUUGAACAAGUACAGGGAAUUUAGGCGUUCUCUUCAGCAGGUUCACAGUGGAACAGCUACUGAUGCUGCUCAGAGAGCUGCUGAAGCCCUUAUAUCACUUAUGAAAAACCCCUCUACACCUCAGAGAUUUUGGCUGCCUAUUCUACAUGAUUCGUUGAAAUUGUUUAACUGGGCAGGGCGUCCAUUGCUUAAUGUCUCACAGACUAAUGUGUUGUUGAAUAAACUGCAAGAGUUGUCAAUGGCAAGAUUGCGGCCAGAUUUUGUCAAUGCUGACUUGCCACCUGAAGCCUUGAACUCUGUCAGAUUAGCUAUUGCCACUAAUCUUGGACGUGCUAUUCUUGAGGAGUGACACCAGUGAUUUGCUGCAUUUUCUCCUUGUAGAGUUGGUGGCGCUUUUCUGGAUCAUCCUGUUUGUGGGCUGGGUUCAUUAAUUGUGUACCUCAUAAUCUACUUUGGCGAGUGAUCAUUGACAGAAUUGUUAUGCCCAGAGAUGUAAUAAUUUCCUGCCGCAGAGAUAUCUAUAUCCAAAGCUAUCUCCACUGUGGAUUUUCAAGGUCACCGAUUGUCCAUGCUCUUGGGAAAAUGGAGAAGAGAAAGGACACUGGUUCAUACCUGCACUAAUUGAUUUGUGACUUGUGUUGGAUGAUCAUUAUGUGCUGAGAAUGUUGCUACUGUGCCUCAAAAAGAAGGGACCUUUCAACGUAAAAUUACUCUUAGAUUACAGGAUUAGAAGUUGGUUUUGCUCAGUGUGAUGAGAUGUAUGGUGACUGAAUUGGUCUGAGGUGAAGGUUCCCUGUGUACCAGUUGACGCUAUUGUAAGUUUGUAGCAAUACUGUAGAGAUUAACCCCUCUCAUUGUACAUUCUUUUUUAGUACAAGCCACGUGUUACUUUUCAAAUUGAACACACAGUGCUGCAGUAUUUGAUUUUGUA